AUGGAUCUAUGGUGGCAGGGGCAUGCAAAUAAGGAAUGGUGUCUGUCAUUGGCGGCAGUGCUUAUGUGGUACAUUUGGAAGUGUAGAAAUGGGGUUCUUUUUGAACAUAAGCUCUCUCUUCCUUGGUUGGUUUGCAAGAAGGCGGCUGAGUACUUUCAUGAGUUUUCUUCUGCAAAUUCUAUGGAUACUACAGCUGUGAUUUUGAAUGGGGAAGGAAGCUCUAACUCAUGGAGGAAGCCGCCACACGGGAUGUUCAAGAUUAAUGUGGAUGGGUCAUGGAAGAAAGGGCAGUCGAAAGGGGGUUAUGGCAUUGUGAUUCGGGAUUCCAGAGGCUUGUUUGUUGCUGCCUCGAUUGGGGUUUUCCCAUGGUGCGCAAGUUCUUUAGUUGCAGAAGCUUUGGCAUUUCGGCAUGGUAUUUUGUUGGGAUCACAUCUUGGGUUAGGGUCAAUACUUAUAGAAAGUGAUGCUCAGUUGAUGGUGAAUAUGCUUCAUGGCAAAGUAGCUAUCAGUCAAGAGGUGGAGGUCAUUAUUCAUGAUAUUCAGGUUUUGAGUAGAAAUUUCCACUGCUGUAGUUACUCUUUUGUACGUAGGGUUAGUAACAAGGUUGCUCAUGUGUUGGCUGGAAAAGGUGUGAAUGGUUCGGGGUCUUGUCUUUGGACUGCAUCCCCGCUGUUGUGUGUUAAAGUGGCAUUCUCCAAAGAAGCAAGGGAAUCUUGUUUUGUCGUUAAAUCGGCAGAUCAUUCUCCUAUGGAAAUGAAAGAAUAUGGUUCAAUCCUUCUUGCCAAUAACUAUUGGGGUCACCUCACCCCCAAGUGUAAGCAUGUCAAACAGAUAUGGAAAGGGCUGUAG